GCAGGGGGGAGGGGGCUGCGCGCCGCGCCUGCUCCCACCGGUAGGGGUCGCCGCUGCCGCCAGUCUGAGAGGAGCAGAGCAGCGCAGCGCAGCGCGGAGCGGAGCGUGAAGAGAGCUGAGGAUGGCUGCAGCUCCCCCAAGUUACUGUUUUGUAGCCUUUCCCCCGUGUUCUAAAGAUGGGCUGGUGGUGUUUGGAAAGAACUCUGCACGGCCUAGGGAUGAAGUACAGGAGGUGGUCUACUUUGCUGCUGCAGCUCAUGAUCCCGGAAGCAAAGUUGAGUGCACAUAUAUUGAGAUUGAGCAGGUGCCGAAGACUCAUGCUGUUGUGUUGAGCAAGCCCUCCUGGCUUUGGGGGGCAGAAAUGGGAGCUAACGAGCAUGGAGUCUGUGUAGCUAAUGAAGCCGUCGUCACCAGAGAACCAGCUUCUGAAUCUGAAGCCUUACUUGGAAUGGAUCUUGUCAGACUUGGCCUGGAAAGAGGUGCAACAGCUAAAGAAGCAUUGGAUGUAAUAGUUGCUCUGUUGGAAGAACAUGGACAAGGUGGAAAUUAUUAUGAAGAUGGGAGUUCAUGCCAUACUUUCCAAAGUGCAUUUUUGAUUGUGGACAGAAAUGAAGCCUGGAUACUGGAGACUUCUGGAAAGUAUUGGGCAGCAGAAAAAAUCACAGAGGGGGUGAAAUGCAUUUGCAAUCAGCUUUCAUUAACUACAAAAAUUGAUGCUGAGCAUCCUGAACUAAGGAAUUAUGUGAGAAGUCAAGGCUGGUGGAAUGGAGACUCAGACUUCAACUUUUCUGAAGUGUUCUCUAUUGCUGAUGACCAUUUAGCCUGCUGUUCUGGCAGGGAGAGCCUAGAAAAGCAAGGUGGUGACGUUUCUGCACAAGCUAUGAUUGAUGUCCUGCGUGACAAGGAUAGUGGUGUCUGUGUGGACUCUGAAUCUUUCCUUACUACAGCUAGCAUAGUGUCUGUUCUGCCUCAGGACCCUAGUUUUCCCUGUGUUCAUUACUUCACUGGCACGCCAGAUCCUUCAAGGUCCAUAUUUAAACCCUUUAUUUUUGUUGAUGAUGUAAAAUUAGUACCAAAAGUACAGUCUCCUUCUUUUGGCAAUGAUGAUCCUGCUAAAAAGAUACCUCGAUUCCAGGAGAAACCUGAUCGCAGGCAUGAAUUGUACAAGGCACAUGAAUGGGCCCGAUCUCUCCUUGAGAAUGAUCAGGAUAAAGGCCAGAAACUGAUGAGGAUUAUGUUAGACCUUGAAAAACAAGGCUUAGAAGCAAUGGAAGAUAUCCUAACUCGUACAGAGGUUCUGGAUCCUGCUGAAGUAGUGGAUCUUUUCUAUGACUGUGUUGACACAGAACUAAAGUUCUUCAAAUAAACUAUGGUGGCUAUUGUUAGCCUUUUCACUGGAAGACUGCAAAGUUCUUCAAGCCUUGAAAGAAAGUCUUCACACUUGUGAAUUUGCAGGAAAACAUUUCUAGAGGAAAAACUGUUACUUGCUAGCUGUAUCCAGUUAACAAAUUGCUUUCCUUUGUCCAAUCUUGUGGUGUUCCUGUUUGUGUAUGUAUAUAGUGAAAGGAGAAAGUCACUGACUGGUCCAAUUACUGUGUGCAUGCUGGCUAAUUUAGUACAGAAUGUUUAAAUAUGUAUGUUGGGCAACCAAUUAAAGCAAAGAUUAACUUCAUGAGGCUAACUGCCAUACCGUCAUUGAAAGCAAUCUGUUUUUUCCUCUAUUGGCUUGCAGCAAAGUUGACUUGACUUCUUCUCUUCUUGCUAAUUCAUACAAAGAAUGGCAGAGUUUAAAUCCUAGUUUUGAAGGGAUGGGAAGGUAAGUCCUUGUUCUUGACCUUGCUGUACUGGCCUCAUAUGGGCAUAUCUGGUUACAGUAACUCAGCAUCUGGCAUUACGCUUGUACAAAUUAUCAGAAUUAGGUCCCUCAGGUUAAGUUUUGCCUUUACCUGCACCCAGCUUAGGGAAGCUUGUGUUUGUAAUGCACCUGGCUGCCACUCUAGUACUGAGUACUAAACUGCAGAGCCAGCCUGGAUGCCUAAGCCAUCUAUACAUAACCUAGUGGCUCUUAAGAUGCAAUUAAGAAGGUGUCAUAUUUAUAUACAAGCUACAAAUUUGGAAUUUUUUGAGGAAAUAGAUGCUGGACAUGGAGAAUAGUCUGGUAUUGAUCUAUCUUUUUGCCUUCGUACUGCUGAACAGUUCCUAGUAAUCUCUGUGGUGAGCGUACAUGGCUGAUGAAUCCAUUAAGUACCAGUGAGUUACUGGUGGGUGUGGCAAUCCAACUGGUUAGGCUUAGAAACAAAUGGCUGUCUUGCGCUUCCUUAUAUUAUGUGCAGUUCUGCAGCAUGCUUCCCUUCCUUGACAGUCCUACAGACAGACCUGCUUUUCAUGUAUUUUCUUCUUGUAGAAGUGAGAUAGGGCAAACACUUUAAGAAUUAAACCAGUAAAUGCUGCUUCCUGUGUCAUGUGAAGAUGGUUGGGUUUUUUAACAGGAGGUUCAGACAAGAAGUCUAUGUCUGUAAUAAGUAAAAGUUAGCAUAUAGAGUUAAAAUCCUUCACUGUUCAGGGAAGGGGAUGGUGAAGAACCACAGAAUUUUGUAUUGAGGAAAUAAAAGCUCCUUACAAGGCAGCAGCGCCUCAACUUGAAACUGUAGGAGUUGUGCAUUAGGGAAAUAGUCACUGCCAUAUUGGCAUGCUGCAUUCUCAGAAAUUUUUUUUAUUAAAUUGUUCUAUCCAGACUCUUUAAUUUCGCAUUGCCUUAUAUGACAGCUGGCAAUUGGACAAGAAAACAUUGGGCCUUUUCAAUUACAGAAAACAAGCAUGAACCUUCCCAUUCGCAAUACACUCCUCCCCUGCUCUCUAUUUCAGGAACAGCUCCUUUGCCUAGGUAUUCUGAAAGUGGAGACAAGGUAAGGAGAAAAUAGGCAACUAAACCCUAAAACUUAGCUUCUCUCUACCUAGCCAGAAUACGGACUGCAAGGAGCACGCUUCAUUUCAGAGGGUAUUGUUCUGGACAAAGCCAGGUGAAAGAGCACUGUUGAACUUCAAAGCUGCUUCUAUAAGCUGUUGCUUGCUGAGCACUUUGCAUCCUGAUAGGAGUAGCUGGAUAUUUGUGAACAAGUGGAAAACAGGGAUAAAAUGAUUGCCCCAGCCAGAGGGCUGAAAUUAGGAUAUACUACUUCACACAGCUCUUCUGCACAGCUCCGGAUCUCUAACCGUGGAGAGUUGGGAGGGAGGCAAGAUGAAAGAAGAGGGUGUUCCUGCUAAAAAUAUAAUGUAUCUUAUUUGCCAUUUCUUAAGAAAGAAACCAACAUUUGCAAUUACCUUGUGGGAAUUCAUGUCCUUAUUUGGAACUGCUUAUAUGACAGAUCUAAUAAAUUGUUUUGAGCACAGU